AUGUACCGACUGCUCUUUCUGCUUCCGUGUGUUGCCGCCUUUAUGGGCCAACCUCUGGUGUCGAGAACAAGUGUCAACACACAGUCCUCUGGCUUGUUCAUGGGUGGUGCCAGCGGAUACGCCACUUCCCUCCCAGGAAAGCAGGAGCGUGUGGAGAAGGUCAAAGAACUCCUCGAUUCUUCUCAGAUGAUCGUGACCGUGCCCUGUGGUGGCAUGACGGUAACUCAGUCUCAACAAUUGCGUCAAUCCAUGCCAGAGGGAACCACUGUCAUGACAGUCAAGAACAAACUCAUGCAGCGUUCUCUAGAGGGAUCCGAGUACGAAGCCGCCGGAGAACUUUUGAAGGGAUCCAACAUGUGGUUCUUCAUCGAUGAAGACAUUGGGGCUUCCAUCAAGGCUUUCAACGCGUUUACCAAGGAACAAGGUAAGCAGGAAAGUCACGAAAUUCUCGGUGGAGUCAUGGAAGGUACAGUCUACGAUCAAGCUGGAGUAAAGGCUAUUGGAGAUCUUCCAUCAAAGCAAGAUUUGUACGCCAUGAUUGCUGGAUCAAUCAAGGCUGUCCCAACCAAGGUUGCAAGAGUCAUCAAGGCACCAAACUCCAAGCUCGCUCGAGCAAUCAAACUUGCUGGAGAAAAGGCAGAAAACUAG